CUGACUCUGACCUAGUCCUGCUCUCUGACUCUGACCUAGUCCUGCUCUCUGACUCUGACCUAGUCCUGCUCUCUGACUCUGACCUAGUCCUGCUCUCUGCCUCUGACCUAGUCAUGCUCUCUGACUCUGACCCAGUCCUGCUCUCUGACUCUGACCCAGUCCUGCUCUCUGACUCUGACCUAGUCCUGCUCUCUGACUCUGACCUAGUCCUGCUCUCUGACUCUGACCUAGUCCUGCUCUCUGGUGCUGACAUAAUCAUGCUUUCUGACCUAGUUCUGCUCUCUGACGCUGACCUAGUCCUGCUCUCUGACUCUGACCUAGUCCUGCUCUCUGCCUCUGACCUAGUCCUGCUCUCUGACUCUGACCUAGUCCUGCUCUCUGUCUCUGACCUAGUCCUGCUCUCUGACUCUGACCCAGUCCUGCUCUUUGACUCUGACCCAGUCCUGCUCUCUGACUCUGACCUAGUCCUGUUCUCUGACUCUAACGUAGUCCUGCUCUCUGACUCUGACCUAUUCCUGCUCUCUGACCUAUUCCUGCUCUCUGACCUAGUCCUGCUCUCUGACCUUGUCCUGCUCUCUGACCUAGUCCUGCUCUAUGAUUCUGACCCAGUCAUGCUCUCUGACUCUAACCUAGUCCUGCUCUCUGGCUCUGACCUAUUCCUGCUCUCUGGCCUAGUCCUGCUCUCUGACUCUAACCUAGUCCUGCUCUCUGACUCUGACCUAGUCCUGCUCUCUGACUCUGACCUAGUCCUGCUCUCUGACUCUGACCCAGUCCUGCUCUCUGACUCUGACCCAGUCCUGCUCUCUGACUCUGACCUAGUCCUGCUCUAUGAUUCUGACCUAGUCCUGCUCUCUGACUCUGACUUAGUCCUGCUCUCUGACUCUGACCUAUUCCUGCUCUAUGAUUCUGACCCAGUCCUGCUCUCUAACCUAGUCCUGCUCUCUGACUCUGACCUAGUCCUGCUCUCUGACCUAUUCCUGCUCUCUGACCUUGUCCUGCUCUCUGACCUAGUCCUGCUCUAUGAUUCUGACCCAGUCCUGCUCUCUGACUCUGACCUAGUCCUGCUCUCUGGCCUAGUCCUGCUCUCUGAAUCUAACCUAGUCCUGCUCUCUGACUCUAACCUAGUCCUGCUCUCUGACUCUGACCUAGUCCUGCUCUCUGACUCUGACCUUGUCCUGCUCUCUGACCUAGUCCUGCUCUAUGAUUCUGACCUAGUCCUGCUCUCUGACUCUGACUUUGUCCUGCUCUCUGACUCUGACCUAUUCCUGCUCUAUGAUUCUGACCCAGUCCUGCUCUCUAACCUAGUCCUGCUCUCUGACUCUGACCUAUUCCUGUUCUCUGACUCUAACCUAGUCCUGCUAUCUGACAUAUUCCUGCUCUCUGACCUAGUCCUGCUCUCUGACCUUGUCCUGCUCUCUGACCUAGUCCUGCUCUAUGAUUCUGACCCAGUCAUGCUCUCUGACUCUAACCUAGUCCUGCUCUCUGACUCUGACCUAGUCCUGCUCUCUGGCCUAGUCCUGCUCUCUGACUCUAACCUAAUCCUGCUCUCUGACUCUAACCUAGUCCUGCUCUCUGACUCUGACCUAGUCCUGCUCUCUGACUCUGACCCAGUCAUGCUCUCUGACUCUGACCUAGUCCUGUUCUCUGACUCUAACCUAGUCCUGCUCUCUGAAUCUGACCUAGUCCUGUUCUCUGACUCUAACCUAGUCCUGCUCUCUGACUCUGACCUAUUCCUGCUCUCUGACUCUGACCUAGUCCUGCUCUCUGACCUGGUCCUGCUCUCUGACCUUGUCCUGCUCUCUGACCUAGUCCUGCUCUAUGAUUCUGACCUAGUCCUGCUCUCUGACUCUGACUUAGUCCUGCUCUCUGACUCUGACCUAUUCCUGCUCUAUGAUUCUGACCCAGUCCUGCUCUCUAACCUAGUCCUGCUCUAUGAUUCUGACCUCGUCCUGCUCUAUGAUUCUGACCCAGUCCUCCCCUCUAAUCUAGUCCUGCUAUCUGACCUAUUCCUGCUCUCUGACUCUGACCUAGACAUGCUUCCUGACUCUGACUUAGUCAUGCUAUCUGAUUCUGACCUAGUCCUGCUCUCUGGUGCUGACCUAGUCCUGCUCUCUGGUGCUGACAUAAUCAUGCUUUCUGACCUAGUUCUGCUCUCUGACGCUGACCUAGUCCUGCUCUCUGACUCUGACCUAUUCCUGUUCUCUGACUCUAACCUAGUCCUGCUAUCUGACAUAUUCCUGCUCUCUGACCUAGUCCUGCUCUCUGACCUUGUCCUGCUCUCUGACCUAGUCCUGCUCUAUGAUUCUGACCCAGUCAUGCUCUCUGACUCUAACCUAGUCCUGCUCUCUGACUCUGACCUAGUCCUGCUCUCUGGCCUAGUCCUGCUCUCUGACUCUGACCCAGUCCUGCUCUCUGACUCUGACCCAGUCCUGCUCUCUGACUCUGACCUAGUCCUGCUCUAUGAUUCUGACCUAGUCCUGCUCUCUGACUCUGACUUAGUCCUGCUCUCUGACUCUGACCUAUUCCUGCUCUAUGAUUCUGACCCAGUCCUGCUCUCUAACCUAGUCCUGCUCUCUGACUCUGACCUAGUCCUGCUCUCUGACCUAUUCCUGCUCUCUGACCUUGUCCUGCUCUCUGACCUAGUCCUGCUCUAUGAUUCUGACCCAGUCCUGCUCUCUGACUCUGACCUAGUCCUGCUCUCUGGCCUAGUCCUGGUCUCUGAAUCUAACCUAGUCCUGCUCUCUGACUCUAACCUAGUCCUGCUCUCUGACUCUGACCUAGUCCUGCUCUCUGACUCUGACCUUGUCCUGCUCUCUGACCUAGUCCUGCUCUAUGAUUCUGACCUAGUCCUGCUCUCUGACUCUGACUUUGUCCUGCUCUCUGACUCUGACCUAUUCCUGCUCUAUGAUUCUGACCCAGUCCUGCUCUCUAACCUAGUCCUGCUCUCUGACUCUGACCUAUUCCUGUUCUCUGACUCUAACCUAGUCCUGCUAUCUGACAUAUUCCUGCUCUCUGACCUAGUCCUGCUCUCUGACCUUGUCCUGCUCUCUGACCUAGUCCUGCUCUAUGAUUCUGACCCAGUCAUGCUCUCUGACUCUAACCUAGUCCUGCUCUCUGACUCUGACCUAGUCCUGCUCUCUGGCCUAGUCCUGCUCUCUGACUCUAACCUAAUCCUGCUCUCUGACUCUAACCUAGUCCUGCUCUCUGACUCUGACCUAGUCCUGCUCUCUGACUCUGACCCAGUCAUGCUCUCUGACUCUGACCUAGUCCUGUUCUCUGACUCUAACCUAGUCCUGCUCUCUGAAUCUGACCUAGUCCUGUUCUCUGACUCUAACCUAGUCCUGCUCUCUGACUCUGACCUAUUCCUGCUCUCUGACUCUGACCUAGUCCUGCUCUCUGACCUGGUCCUGCUCUCUGACCUUGUCCUGCUCUCUGACCUAGUCCUGCUCUAUGAUUCUGACCUAGUCCUGCUCUCUGACUCUGACUUAGUCCUGCUCUCUGACUCUGACCUAUUCCUGCUCUAUGAUUCUGACCCAGUCCUGCUCUCUAACCUAGUCCUGCUCUAUGAUUCUGACCUCGUCCUGCUCUAUGAUUCUGACCCAGUCCUCCCCUCUAAUCUAGUCCUGCUAUCUGACCUAUUCCUGCUCUCUGACUCUGACCUAGACAUGCUUCCUGACUCUGACUUAGUCAUGCUAUCUGAUUCUGACCUAGUCCUGCUCUCUGGUGCUGACCUAGUCCUGCUCUCUGGUGCUGACAUAAUCAUGCUUUCUGACCUAGUUCUGCUCUCUGACGCUGACCUAGUCCUGCUCUCUGACUCUGACCUAGUCCUGCUCUCUGACUCUGACCUAGUCCUGCUCUCUGACUCUGACCUAGUCCUGCUCUCUGCCUCUGACCUAGUCAUGCUCUCUGACUCUGACCCAGUCAUGCUCUCUGACUCUGACCUAGUCCUGCUCUCUGACUCUAACCUAGUCCUGCUCUCUGACUCUAACAUAUUCCUGCUCUCUGACAUAUUCCUGCUCUCUGACCUAGUCCUGCUCUCUGACCUUGUCCUGCUCUCUGACCUAGUCCUGCUCUAUGAUUCUGACCUCGUCCUGCUCUAUGAUUCUGACCCAGUCCUCCCCUCUAACCUAGUCCUGCUAUCUGACCUAUUCCUGCUCUCUGACUCUGACCUAGACAUGCUUCCUGACUCUGACCUAGUCAUGCUAUCUGAUUCUGACCUAGUCCUGCUCUCUGGUGCUGACCUAGUCCUGCUCUCUGGUGCUGACAUAAUCAUGCUUUCUGACCUAGUUCUGCUCUCUGACGCUGACCUAGUCCUGCUCUCUGACUCUGACCUAGUCCUACUCUCUGACUCUGACCUAGUCCUGCUCUCUGACUCUGACCUAGUCCUGCUCUCUGACUCUGACCUAGUCCUGCUCUCUGACUCUGACCUAGUCCUGCUCUCUGACUCUAACCUAGUCCUGCUCUCUGACUCUGACCUAUUCCUGCUCUCUGACUCUGACCUAGUCCUGCUCUCUGACCUAUUCCUGCUCUCUGACCUUGUCCUGCUCUCUGACCUAGUCGUGCUCUAUGAUUCUGACCCAGUCAUGCUCUCUGACUCUAACCUAGUCCUGCUCUCUGACUCUGACCUAUUCCUGCUCUCUGACAUAGUCCUGCUCUCUGACUCUGACAUAGUCCUGCUUUCUGGCGCUGACCUAGUCCUGCUCUCUGUCGUUAACCUAGUCAUGCUCUCUGGUGCGGACCUAGUCAUACUCUCUGACCUAGUCCUGCUCUCGGACGCUGACCUAGUUAUGCUCAUUGACGCUGACCUAGUACUGCUUUCUGACUCUGACAUAGUCUUGCUUUCUGGCGCUGACCUAGUCCUGCUCUCUGACGUUAACCUAGUCAUGCUCUCUGAUGCUGACCUAGUCCUGCUCUCUGACCUAGUCCUGCUCUCGGACGCUGACCUAGUUAUGCUAUUUGACUCUGACCUAGUCAUUUUCUCGUUCCUCUAAAAGAUGAAGGUGGACACUUCAAGAAAAUAUGCCUACACAAGGACAAAUGACAGAGAAUUGUUUUAGGGGCUUCAAAAGUUAAAAUACAACAACUUCUAAAUUUUCAAAAUUUCUAGUUAACUCAAACCGGCCUGUUACAUUUUGAAUGAAUAAAUCACAACUGUCGUGAGCCCGAUAAGAUAAGUCAUAUGCUAAAUUUUAUUUAAACAUUAACUAAAUUUAUGAUAGGUUUGAAUGAAUUCCUGUUUUCGAAUACAAAGAUUACAAUAAAGAAUAUGAAACAAUACAAUAAUGAUAUAAUUUGAAAACGCAAUGCCGAAACGAAGUAAGAUGAGUUGUACUUGAAUUGCUGUAUUAGAAGAAAAACUUCAUGAAAAGACCCGGAACAAUACAUUCAAUAAUUGUACAAUUUAAUAACACACGGUCAAAUGCUCAGAAACGGUUGUUUUAGAAGACAGAAUCUGGGACAAUACAAUAAUGGUACGAUUUGAAAACUCAAGGUCGACAUUCAAAGGUGGCAGGGGACAAGGUUUGUUUUUUUUUUGUUCUGAAAUAUGUGGGUAGGGGGUAUACAUCAAAGUCAGAUUAUGACAGACUAAUGAAAAAUCAUAUUUCCCUCUUAUGUCAAUACUUGUAUUUCAUAUUGGUGUAGUUAAUAAAUUAUGACCCUAAAUUACAUGUAAUCUAUACAUACUGGUGCACAAAACAUGUUUUGAGCAGGUACCCCUUUCUUACUUCGAUUUUCUCUCAUUUGGGCUAAUCCGCACCACCCCAAAUCAUCACAGUACCAAGCGAGGGGAUUUAGACAUUGUGCACAAUCAAGAACUCUGUCUGCCCUUCUUAAAAAUCUACCUUUUAUUUGGGGCCAUCCACCUUUUGCUGGGCCAUGCAUGUUUUCACCGGAAUUUCUUCAACAACUGACCACGUGUUUUAGUUUCGUAUUUACACCCAUCUAUACGCUAAGAUUCAUGGUGACACCUA